GCUGGGGGAGCCCUUUGCUGUGCCGCGGCCUGCGGGCCGGGUGGGAGCCUCCUCGCCACGGGAGCCCCCUGCCCCGGGAGCCCCCGGCGCGGGCUGGGUCCAGGCUCUCCCCGUGGAGAGCGUGUCCCUCUGCAGGCAGACCUGCCUGGUUCUGCAGUUUCCGUGUUUCUGGGAUCAGGGGCAGAGCCUCGGGGCUGGUGGCAGGUGACGUUGCACGCUAAGAGCAGAAAAAAACGAGUUCCUGGGUGGAACGGGCGGGAGCAGGGAGGGGUAGAAGCCCGGCUGGUGUGGUCACGAUGGGCUGGAAGCCCUGCCACUCCCCCUUGAUUGACUGUUCAGCUCUGUCAUUUGGACAUGACAGAGCAGGAGGAAAGCCUGCCUGUGGUAGUCACUCGCAGGGUGGCUGAGCUACCGGCGUGACACAGCCGUGAAAAAGAACCGGUGAGAUCGUGGCUGGAAUGCGGUAUCCGUGUUGAAGCAGGCAGAGGAGCAAGGCAGGCGAGAUCGGGGAAAAGGGAGGCUGGCUUGACAAGGCAAGACUAGAAGAGCUUGACUUUUUUUGGCCUGGAAAAGAGGAGGCUGAGAGGGGCAGGGUCACCCACUAUAAAUUUAUGUAAACACAGCAGAGGCAGAAGAGCAAGAGCCAUUUAACAAAAGGACUGCUGGUAUGGGAACAGGAACUGAAGGGCUUCAACUCACUUGAUGAUCUUCUCCAUGUCAAAGGCAUCACCACCCGCAUCUUGGAGCUGAACAGCCAGCGGAUGACUUGCAGGAGGAGGCCGGGCAGCGAGGAAUCUGUGAGGGCGAGCCCUGGUCUGCAGGGGAACAGUAAAGCUCCUGUGCCUCAGGUGGUGCCUGAGGAGGAGGAGGACGUUUCAGGCCCCUGGGAGCCGGCACACUCUGCGAAAGGGAGCCCUGGGUCAGGACCUGAGGCUGAUGGCUCCAGUGGGCGAGGGGCGCCGGAGCGACUCAGCUCCACAGUCUGCGGGGAGCAGGAGGAGGAGGAGGAGGAAGAAGAGGAAGAGGGGAGCUGCUACAGCGAGGAAGGGGAGGAUGGCAGCAACGUCUACUUCUAUUACACCAUUGGAGAGCGCUGGAUAGACUACCUGCAGCGGACAGAGGAUGGUGGCCUCCUCCGUCACGUGCGGCCCAAGAUGAAGCGGAAAUCGGAGAACGGCCUGGAUGGGAGGGCCCUUUCCCCGGGUAAAAAGCUGUGCAAGGGCUCUGAGUACAGCAGGACGCUGGGUCCCUGCAUGCCCAGUCCCACCACCACCUUUGGGGACCUGCGCAACGCCAAAGCGGGCCAGGCACGGCGCCGCCGCAUCCCCUCGGUCGCCCCUCCGCCCGAGCUGCAGGACUGGCUCCGCACCUUCCAGCGCUGGAGUGGCCCAGAGAAGCUGCUUGCUCUGGAUGAGCUCAUUGAUCGCUGCGAGCCCUCCCAGAUCAAGUACAUGAUGCAGGUCAUUGAACCCCAGUUCCAGAGAGACUUCAUUUCCCUGCUGCCCAAGGAGCUGGCGCUCUAUGUCCUCUCGUUCCUGGAGCCACGGGACCUGCUCCGUGCUGCCCAGACCUGCCGCUACUGGAGGGUCUUGGCUGAAGAUAACCUGCUUUGGAGAGAGAAAUGCCGCGAAGAAGGCAUUGAGGAGCCCUUGAACCUCAGGAAGCGGCGCCUACUGAGUCCUGGAUUCAUGUACAGCCCCUGGAAAUUUGCCUUCAUGCGGCAGCACAAAAUUGACAUGAAUUGGCGCAGCGGGGAGCUUAAAGCCCCUAAGGUGCUGAAGGGACAUGACGAUCACGUCAUUACCUGCCUGCAGUUCUGUGGCAACCGGAUAGUCAGUGGCUCGGAUGACAACACGCUCAAAGUGUGGUCUGCUGUCACGGGGGAGUGUGUGCAGACCCUGGUUGGCCACACAGGGGGGGUGUGGUCUUCCCAGAUGAGGGACAGCAUUGUCAUCAGCGGCUCCACCGACCGGACCCUCAAAGUGUGGAAUGCAGACACGGGCGAGUGCGUGCACACGCUGUACGGGCACACGUCCACAGUGCGCUGCAUGCACUUGCAUGGGAACAGGGUUGUGAGCGGCUCACGGGACGCGACUCUGCGCCUCUGGGACAUCGAGACGGGGCAGUGCCUGCACGUGCUGAUGGGGCAUGUGGCCGCCGUGCGCUGCGUGCAGUAUGAUGGGCACAAGGUGGUGAGCGGCGCGUACGACUACACGGUGAAAGUGUGGGACCCCGAGAGCGAGAGCUGCACUCACACGCUGCAGGGACACACGAACCGCGUCUACUCCUUGCAGUUUGAUGGGAUGCACAUCGUGAGCGGCUCGCUGGACACGUCGAUUCGAGUGUGGGACGUGGAGAGCGGAAACUGCCUGCACACCCUCAUGGGGCAUCAGUCGCUCACAAGCGGCAUGGAGUUACGUGACAACAUCCUUGUGUCUGGCAACGCCGACUCCACAGUCAAGAUCUGGGACAUCAAAACGGGCCAGUGCCUGCAGACGCUGCAAGGGCCCAGCAAGCACCAGAGUGCUGUGACCUGCCUGCAGUUCAGCUCCAAGUUUGUGGUGACCAGCUCGGAUGAUGGCACCGUCAAGCUCUGGGACCUCAAGACGGGCGAGUUUGUGCGCAACCUGGUGGCGCUGGAGAGCGGGGGCAGCGGGGGCGUGGUGUGGCGCAUCCGUGCCUCCAACACCAAGCUGGUGUGUGCGGUGGGCAGCCGCAAUGGCACGGAGGAGACCAAGCUGCUGGUGCUGGACUUCGAUGUGGACCUGAAAUGAACCUGGCCAGUCCAGGCUGGGGUGGAGGAUCCCGCGGGCUGGGCAUAGCAGCUGGUCUUGGUGGGGCUGGCCCCAGAGCAGGCGCUAGCUCCCCGCGGACUGUAAAUACUGUUUGGAGCUGUCUGGGCCUUAUUUAUAUAUGUGUGCACUCCCUGGGGGGAGCCCGCGCCCGGCUGGGGCACUGUACAGAGGAAGCAGCAUGUU